AGCUUCCUAAGAAUAUGCAGGUAUGAACGCGGAGGGUGACUAGUGGAAAGGCGGGCUAUGCGGUGUGAUGCAGGAGGUGGUGAUGAUAAUGAUGCGAGGGAUGAAUGGAUGGAAGCACAGCGGCUAGAGCACGAGCAAGCAAUCGCUAAGGACUAGAAGAACGCGCGGAAGAUGAUGAUUGUGCCAAUUCGAAUAUCAGAACAUUGUCGUACAGGGGGGAGGAAUGCAGAAGUAGUAAAGAAAGAGAGGUGCAGGGUGGCCGCAGAUAUUGGGAAGAACUUCGGUGGUCAUGAUGCGAUGCGUUGUCGGUGGCCGUUGGAAAUAAAAUCAGAUGGCGAGGGACCAGCCUCGUCCCAACCACCCCCUCACCCUCUCCAAUUACCACCACCACCUCCGCUAAUAGCUAAUACCAAUACUACCACUGCGAGCUACCGUCUACCCUUACCCACCUAUUCCUCCCGCUAUUUCCCUUCCGAUAAUCCGACUUCCCCGGCCUUCAGCUCUUGCGGCCCGUCGCUACUAGCUUUAUGAUCUGGUCUGUGGCUGUUGGAUACGGGGGCUUUGCCUGUACUCGGCUUGACUAGAAGAAUAAUACGCGUUAUGUCAUGUUUCAAAUAGUUCCGAUAGGUUAAUAUAGCUCUACCUCGACUACUUGCCCAUGAUUCUACCCGAGAAUAGCAUUCCGCUAGCCUGUCAUGGACAAUUAGUCGAAUUGCA